UCUUAAGCACUCCACUUCAGCUGCCUCGGCUGACAACUCCAUACAUCAGUUGCCCUUGUUUUCAACAGCUGAGUUGUUGGUGCUGGAUGUGCUGAAGUCUUCAGUGUCUCAGAUCAGUCAGCAACAUGAGAGAUAUGAUGAGGCUGCAAAAGUUAAGAUCGUGGAUUUGGCUAGUCAAUUAAGUGAUCAAGACAUUUCCAUUGAGCUCCCAAGUCCCUCAUUGUUGUCUUCCCCUGGAAUCAUAACAGGAUGGGAGAGAGAUGCCAGCUGUCAACUGUCCAGCUCUGACGAAUCCCUCAUCAAUCGGGUGCCAUCAAUUGAAGAUCAAUGUUCUGGAAUAAUUCAGUCACAGACAACCACAACUGACAAGAUAACAGAGGAAAAUGAAAUUGAUGAGAUCAUUGAAGAAACUGUUGGACAAACCCUGGAGUCUGUGAUCUCCAUCCUUGAAAGCCAAGGACUUCUGUCAUUUGAGUCUGAUGAAGUUCCGUCAAGUAAAUCCAGUAGCUCAGACUCAGUUAGUUGGGCAUCUGUUAGAUCAUCAACAAAUCUUAGAGGGUUUGGCUUAGAGGGUAUCAAUUUAACAAACAGAAGCCCAAGUCCAACCCAGCGCCCAGGCUCCGGCUCUCCUAUCCUGCUGAGUGUAGACUCACAGAAGGUCCUAACUAAGACUUUGGUGGAAAUCCAAAGAAAAUUGUCAAGUUAUGAACCAUCUGUGUCACCUCGACAAAUCAUCUCACCAGACGACACUGAUGCCAUCAUGGACCUCAUUAGUGGCAUACUGAGACGAAUUCAAGAAACUUCAAGUUCAGAUUCCAGUCUGCAGGGAUCUUCCACCUCCUCGAAGAGUACCACUACGUUGAAUAAUCAGAUGGUUCAGUUGAAUAAGCAGGAACUGUUUGGACAACCAUCAAGCAUAUCUGCUUCUUUCAGCAGCCUUGAGUCCGUACACAAAGGCUGUAAAGUCAUAUUGGUAAAAUCUGCUGACAUGUCUGCACGAUCUGAAAUAAGCAUGAAUGAGAGACCAAGGACUUGUCCCUUAACAAAGAAGGACAGUACUGACCUCAAGGAAACCAUGAGGCAGAUACUUAGUAAAUUUGACAGCGAAAAAUACCAGAAAGAAGCUGAUGAUAAUCUGACUGAUUUGCUGUCUGAUGCCCUCUACAAACACAUUCAGAGUAAAUGCCAAUCUGAGAUUUCAGGGCUAAAUGAAUGCACCAGCUCUCAGGUUGAGUGCAAUCUUUCACCCAGCGACAGUGUUACAUCAAGUGAUAUUGAAGUGGCCUCCUCUGCACUGACCGAACUGGUGUUAAAUGACCUGAAGGGCACUUUUGAUAAAAAGGUGGAGAACUUCAAAUCCAGCCAGAAUGACAUCAAUCCAGAGAUAGAACCGACUUUAGAGAAGCUCCUCGACCAGCCACACAGGAGUGAGACUGACCUGAUCAUCACUGAAGUCACAGACGAGGACUUUUCUUCUGAAGGAAGUAUCAGUGAUGUUGAUGAUAGCAACCAUUGUCCUGAAGUAGCUAGUCAGAUCAUUGGGUCUUUUGGGUACAACCAAAUUCUGAAGAAAGCAGUGGACAAAACUGCUAGAAAAGUUCUUAUAGAGUUUAGCUUGCCUGAGUCAUUAUCUGUCAAAGAGUUUUCUCCUGAUACAGAAUGGCUCAGAUCGCUGACUUCAGAGGCUAUACGGUUGCGAUCUUUGAUUGUGGGAGGGGUUUUAGAAAAUCUGUCUCAAAAUGCAGCAAGAAGAGAUGCAACGGACGAGUCCAGUGAACAAAUCCAGUCCAUGCAAACACCAGAUGCCAAAGAUGAACCCAACACAGCUGGAAAUUUUACAGAUGCUCUAACCAACAAUGUGCCUGAUGACCAAAAUGGCAUCAAGCAAAAGAAGAGGAGACCUAUCCGUGCCUUCUUUAGGAGAGCCUGGCAGGCAGUAAAGCAGACCUUUACCCGCAGCAAGAAACGAUCCAACAAGAUUUUUCCUGCUUAAUUUUCCAAACCCUUCUAAUCUGCAAAUGCCAUUGUUAGGAAAAAGACAUUUGCAAGGACAUUUUUGGUGAAGGCAUUUUUGUUUUUUUCUCAUUAUGGUACUCUCCACCAUACCACAAUUGUCUUUAACAUGUUCUGUGUAU